AUGGUCUGCUCGGACUCUUGCUUUUCAUUAGUCGUAAUUCUAGUCUACGUGUCUGCAAAUCUCACAGCAACUACAUUUCAUGCGCGACGAGAGUCUGUCUCUGCCGAAACAGCAUCAUCACCACAAACGUAUUACGAUGGUACCCCUAGCCAGCAAGAAGAGUCUUAUCCUGCUGUUAAUACCGAUCCCUAUCACAACACAGACUAUUACAGGAACAAGGCAUUCGUUACCGUGGUAACCGAUGCGAGCUCGAUUGAUGCGACUGUCGUUUCAAUUUAUUCGCUUCAAACUAUCGCAAAGACGCAGGCCAAUAUUGUAGUUGUUUUGGAGACUGAUGAAACAACAAAAGCAUCAGCUUCGUCUGCCAAUCAGUUUGCUGCUAUGGAUGUCCAAAUAUUACAUGCAUCUCCUGGCUCCGAUCCCAUAUCACAGGCAUUAAUCCAUUAUAGGAAGCUUGUGUACUUUUCAAGCGAGAUCUUGUUCAAAAAGAACAUCGACCAUUAUUUUGGCUACCCUGCGCAUGCUGUUCUUGAAGAUUCAGAGGAUGGACAAGAAAACCUUUUCAAUGAACAUGGAGAAAAAGUUUACGAUCCAAUGGAAGAUGUUUUAACACAAAUUGACGAUCCCAAUAUAGUUCUUGAAACAAUAACCAAUCGAGAAACUUACUUGAGUGCUAAACGCCCCGAAAAAGCUACUGGUGAACCAUCAGUUACGAAGCCGAUGAAAUCUAGUAAUUUGACUAAAUCAAUCAAGUCAUACAGUAUUUAUAGUGAUACGACCAGAGAAUCGUUUAUCGACCGUAUGCUUGAGCAACCGCAGGAGCGUGGCUUAGUGGCUAAAGUUGCAAGAGAACUCAACGUGAAGUACCGUACUGCACUGAAUUGGUGGCACAUUUAUGAAGAAACGGAAGGAGUGCCGUAUAAAAAUAGUGAAAAAAACAGUGGUCCAAAAAGCUCAUUCACAACUGAGCAUAACGAGUACAUUACCAAGCUACUUGACAACGACCCUCAGAUAUUUGCGGACGAUAUUAUAAAUAGCUUGACUGAACAAUUCGAAGGCUUCACCAUUUCAAAAUCACAAAUGAACAACCAUUCACGUAAUACCAUGCUUAUCACUCUGAAGCCGGUUUCCACAUCAACAUGA